AUGUCUUCUCCUCCUCAACCCACCAAAAUCGCCCUUAUCGGCGCCGGCACAAUCGGCCUUUCCUUCGCCGCCCUUCACCUCUCCAAAAACCCCACCUGCACCAUCACAAUCUACGACACCCGUCCCGAUCUCUCCUCAUAUGUCGCGCAACAUCUCCCCAGCUACCUCGUAGACGUCGAUGAUCACGAGUCAUGUACACGGCGACUCACGUUCGCGACAUCGUUAGAAGAAGCUGUCAGAGGUGCGAAUAUCGUUCAAGAGCAAGGACCCGAGAACUCCGCGUGGAAAGUACAGUUAUGGCCGCAAGUGGAGAAGUUCGCAAGGAAAGAGGCGUUGUUGUGGAGCAGUACGAGUGGCAUCCCGGCGAGCGAGCAGAGUGCGGGGAUGGAGGAUAAGACGAGACUGGUGGUUUGUCAUCCGUAUAAUCCGCCGCAUAUCAUGCCGUUGUUGGAAGUUGUGCGGUCGCCGAGCACGUCGGAUACAGUGGUUGAGCAAACGCUGGCAUACUGGCGGAGACUGGGCCGAGCGCCGGUAGUGGUGAGGAAAGAAUGCGUCGGCUUCGUGGCGAAUCGACUCGCGUUCGCACUGGUCCGGGAGGCGUGUAGUCUGGUCGCACAAGGGGUGGUGGGGGUGGAGGAGUGCGAUGAGAUUGUUAGGAAUUCGAUGGGCCCGAGGUGGGCAGUUGCUGGGCCGUUCAAGGCGUAUCAUGCCGGUGGAGGGGAGAAGGGGUUGAGGGGUUUUGUGGAGAAGGAGGGAAUUGGAGGGACGGUGGAGAAGUGUUGGAGGAAGAGCGAGGAGGAUGCGAGGGAGGGGAAUGUGUGGGUUGGGGAGGAGUGGCAGGAGGAGGUUUGUAGGCUGGCGGAGGAGGCGUAUGGGGUUGUGGAUACGAGGGAGAGGGAUGAGAAGACGAGGAGGGUUUUGGAUGCUGUGAGGUGA